CUAAACCCCAAGGAAAAAAUAAACAGUAUUUUUUGAGAUCAUAAACAACAAAUUCAAAAUUUAUUUGAAUUUCAUUGUUUAUGAUCUCAAAAAAAUAUCUUUAGCUUAGCGUGUUGAUCAUCACUGCCGCCAUGGCAACAGAAUUGCAAGCCUCAAUAUUAUUGAUUGUGUUAUGUGCAUUACCGUGUGUAUUUGGCGGCGAUUCAGCGCAUGGAUGGUUGGAUGCUCAUGCCACCUUUUAUGGCCCCCCUGAGGGAACCAUUGGCGGGGCUUGUGGGCUUGAGCAGUUUAAGGAAACCUAUUCCCCAUACACUACAGCUUUGAGCGCAGCAUUGUUCAACAAUGCAGCAAGCUGCGGAGCCUGCUACGAAAUAAAAUGCGUAAAUAGCACAGGGCAAUGCAAGACACCCCAAAAGCCCAUCAUCGUUACAGCCACCGAUCUUUGCCCGACGGGCGAUGGAAAAUGGUGCGCUCCGCCACAGGCACAUUUUGACCUAUCUAUGCCUGCAUAUCUCCAAAUUGCAGAGUACAAAGCCGGGGUUGUUCCGGUGUUCUAUCGCAGGGUUCCAUGCAUGAGAAAAGGAGGAGAGCGGUUUACGAUGUCAGGACAUCAGUUCUUCAACCUAGUGACGGUGUCAAAUGUUGGAGGAAGCGGGGAUGUUUCAAAGGUGGAGGUGAAUGCUGAAGGGCACAAGAACUGGGUACCUCUGAAAUGCAACUGGGGUGAGAAAUGGGAGACCAAUGCAAUGCUGUCUGGGAAAUCUCUCAAUUUUAGGGUCACCACAAAUGAUGGCAAAGUAGUCACUUCCCAGAAUGUCGCCCCCAAGUCCUGGCAGUACGGCCAGACAUUCGAAGGCCGAAACUGUCGAUAGAUAAACUUAAUUAAUUGCCAAUAUAAUGCACAUCACAUGCAUCACUUCUAAAAUCUUAGGUUUCAUUUCUGCAUAUGUAAAUGCACGGCAGUGUACGUUGAAAUAAUUGAGAUACACGCAAGCAAAAUUUCCUUUCAAAAAAAAAAAAAAAAAAA